AUGGUCAGCUCGCCGCUUGAACAAGCGUACGAGAAGUACCGCUACGAGGCCCUCUUUGGCACAUGGCUUCUUGUGACAGGAGCGACCUUCAUGCGCAUCAGGCGCCAACCCUACUCCACUCGUCUCAAGGUUGAGCAAUACGAGAGCAUCUUCAAAGGGACGUCACUCGGUGCCAUUGUGCUUGGUAUUGGCAUAUCGCCCAAGCGCGGAAUGAGACGCGUUGCGUAG